AUGUCAUCAAUUUCGAAAGAUUUCCUUUCUACUCUUAAUAUAGUUCAAUAUUAUUUCUAUCGUUUGAUCUUACCAAUAUUUCUUAUAUUUGGUACAAUUGGAAAUGUGUUUAAUUUAAUUAUUUUUGUACAACCAUAUCUUCGUAAAAGCCCUUGUUCAAUUUAUCUUCUAGUUUAUACAAUAAUUAGUAUUUGUUGGAUUGAUUUUAUUGGUUUAACAUCAUCACUUAGUAUAGGUUAUUCAAUUGAUAUAAGUAUUCAAUCAACAAUUAUCUGUCGUAUUCGUACUUAUAUUAUUUAUGUAACAAUUAAUUUAUUACCUGAAUUACUCAUUUUAGUUGCAUUUGAUCGUACUUGUAUUAGUUCUCGAAGAUUAAUCAUACGUCAAUAUAGUACAAUGAAAAUAGCUAUUUAUUCUAUUAGUUGUAUAACAUUCUUUUGGAUUAUAUUUAAUAUACCUGCUUUAAUCUAUACGAAUAUUGAACAAUUUCCAACAGGACAAUUUAUUUGUAUUCCUUUACCAAAUAAUGUUUUUAAUGAAUUUAUCUUUGUAUUCUUUGCUAUAAGUUAUGGAAUUCUCCCACCAUGUGUAUUAAUUAUAUUCGUAUUUAUUAUUUUAAGUAAUUUACUUCAUUAUCGUAAUAUAAUUUUAUCUGUUGAUAAUCUUUGUCAAUAUCGUCCAAAUAAAAAAGAACAACAAUUAAUAAUUAUGUUAUUAACACAAAUAUUAAUAACAAUUUUAUGUCAAAUUCCUUCGUCGAUUUUUCAAAUAUAUUCAGUUAUUACAAAGAAUUAUGACAAAUCAUUUGAACAAAUUCUUAUUGAAUCAUUUAUUUACAAUUUAUUUGUUUUCUUAUUAUAUUUACCAUCUUGUCUAAGUUUCUAUGUUUAUUUAAUAGCAGCAAAAACUUUCAGAUAUGAAGUCUCUCGUGCUAUUAAGAAAAUCCUAUUUAUAUCACAUUAA